AAAGAAACGAUAUGAAAUAGCCUAAUUUAAACAAAACUAGAAAAGUGUGGACUAGAGAGAGACUUUAGCAAAAACUAAAAACAGAUGUAUCAAAAGAAGCUCACAACUAAAAAAGAUGGAGCUUGAAUUAGGUCUGAAGAUCACUCGGACUAAAGACGAUGUUUCUUCCUCUACAGAUUUUCGGGUUGCCAGAGAUUCUUUUGGUCAUCGUUCACUUUCUCGAGAAACCAACUCUGUUUUCUUCCUCAUUCUUCAUCUCAAAGGAUUUAAGAAGGAUGGUAUCGAUAUCGAGAUAAACAAAGAAGGGAAUCUGAUUAAGAUCAGCGGAAGAAAACAGGUUGAAGAGAUGGUUUUGGUAAAGUGGGUGGAAUGGAAAAAGGAAACAGAAAUAAAGGAAUUCAAAAAAGUGUUUCGGAUUCCAGAUAUUGUAAUUCUUGACAAGAUCAAAGCGAGGUUUAAUGAAGAAGAUGGGACUUUAACUGUUACAAUGCCUAAGAAAGUUAAGGGAAUUACCGGUCUGAAGAUCGAGGAAGAGGACGAAGAAGAGGAGAUGAAAGAGCCGAUAGUAGAAGAGAAAACAGAGGAGAAAACAGAACCAGAAGAAGAAAUCAAAGAAGAGACAAAACCUGAGGAAGAAAACGAAGAAGCAGAAGAGCCACAGAGAGAAGAGGAAGAAGAGGUUGUUGAGGAAGGAACAAGAGAUCAUGAGGGGAAAAAAGAAGAAGAAAUCGAAGAUAAACCAAGAAAGAAGAGAAGAAAAAAGUUUCGUUUACCAUGUUUUGCAGGAUCCACUCUGCUUAUGUCUAUUAUUGUUUUCAUUAUUCAACUGAUUCAAUCCAGAAAUAAAUGA